AUGCGAGCGCAGAAGAAACAGGACCUUAGGUUGGUGCUGCCGCCUAAGUCGGCAUCCCGCAGGGAACACGGUGCCUAUGCCUCCAUCUUGCGGCGGGAUGAGCCGUUCAUCUCUUGGAUCCUCAAGCAGCUGGUUGACGACGACGACCUGUACAGCAGUACCGCAACGCCUUACCUGACAGCUUCUGGCAUACUCAAAAAGGCCAACUCCAUCAGCAACACUACCUCCCAGGCCUCUGCGGCUGCAUUUCUGCGGAGCUGGCGCACACAAGGCUUACCCUUUGCGCAGGAGUCUGUGGAGGAUCGCCCGCCCGCUUCCUCGCGCACCCGCUAG